UGUCAGAGACUGCUAAGAUUACAAAGAGCAGCAAUGAAGCUUCAUGUCCUCUGUUUUCUCCUGCUUCUAUGCAUGUACUCAAGUUUGGCACAAGGUCAUUAUGAAAGUUGUUGCUUAAGGUAUGGUAAUGAGCCUAAAAUCAGAAUCAAACGAAAAGUUGUGAGCUACAGGCUUCAGGAGACUGAUGGAGGAUGCAAUAUCCCCGCUGUUAUAUUCACUUUUGCACUGAAGAAAAAUGUGACAUUCUGUGCUAACCCCAAUGAGCACUGGGUCCAAAAACUGAUGAAAAGAACAAAGUCAAAAUGAAUUUCAUACUGAAAGUCCUCUGGAGGCCAGGGUGGAAAACACUUUAUUGAAAUUAUUCCUACAGCUUUCAUCUGUUUGUAUGGUGAUCGUCUCAUAUCAUCUCAUCACAUUAUCUCUAGCUGCUUUAUCCUGUUCUACAGGGUUGCAGGCAAGCUGGAUCAUGAUUUAAAAAAAAAAAAUCAGCUAAAAUAGUUUGAGCUAGAGUUAGCAGCUCAUAACCUUAAUAACCUGAAUGUAUUACUCUUCAUAAGAAGUUUAUAGCAUGUUUAAAAAGUUUUUUUUAAAAAUCACAGAUGGUUUUAAAUGCAAAUGACAUUUUCUUUAAGCUUCACAAUGAAUAGUUAUGUAUUUGAUUGUAUUCUUCUGUAGUUCAGUGCCUGCAAAUUAAUGUAAAUAAUAGACAUGCUUGUUCUAUAUUCUGUUUCCUAUAUGUUGUACUGUUACACUUCUAAUGAAGUCCUCAGUCCUUUCUGGUUUCAAGAUGUUUAUUAGUUAUUAGGUUUUUUGUUUGUUUGUUUGUUUGUUUGUUUGUUUGUUUGUUUGUUUUGGGGGUAUAUAUAUUUGAUAUCGUUGUAAUUUUUCAUACACAUUCCAUUGCAGUACAUCAUGUUACAUUAGCUGUGUGUGUGUGUGUGUGUGUGUGUGUGUGUGUGUGUGUGUGUGUGUGUGAGAGAGAGAGAGAGAGAGAGAGAGAGAGAGCGCAAGUGAUGGAGAGAGAGGGGGAGGGGAGAAUUCUGUAUGUAUUGUUCUUCAUAAUAAAGCAACAAAAAUAUUUCCUUAA